AUGGCCCUGCUCUACCCCAUGGCCGUGGGCCUCAACAAGGGCUACAAUGUGACGAAGAAUGUCAGCAGCAAGCCGAGACACAGCUGGUGCCGUGGACACCUCACCAAGCACACCAAGUUCGUGAGGGACAUGAUCCAGGAGGUGUGCGGCUUCGCGCCCUACGAGCGGCGCGCCAUGGAGCUUCUCAAGCUGUCCAAGGACAAGCACGCGCUCAAGUUCAUCAAGAAGAGGGUGGGCAUGCAUAUCCGCUCCAAGAGGAAGCAGGAGGAGCUGAGCAAGGUGCUGGCCGCCAUGAGGAAGGCCGGGCCAAGAAAGACUGAUUCCUCCACCCCCAAUAAACGUUGCUACCACGAGUUCAACCCGCAUCUGAAUCCAGAAUUCCCUUACCCCCUCAUCCUUUACUCCUUAAAAACUCUGCCAUAA